ACAGGGUCAGAGGUGAGGAAUAAAGGAAUGGAGGUGAUUUUCAUCUGCUUUACUGCCCUUACCUUGUUUCAGCAGAUCAAUACUGCUCCAUUAGAUCAGGACUUUCUGCAAAGAAGCACUUCAGCUGUUAGUAAAUUUUGGCACAUCUCAGACCUGCACCUCGAUCCUACCUACCAUGUCACAGAAGAUCACACCAAAGUGUGUUUCUCCUCUAAAGGAUUUCCUGCAAAGGAUCCAGGACUUUUCGGGGAUUUCAUGUGUGACUCUCCUUACCAGCUGAUUCUGUCUGCUUUUAACUAUAUGAAGCAUGUGGACCAGGAGCCGGAGUUUAUUAUCUGGACGGGGGACAACCCUCCUCAUGUUCCAGCAGAUAAGCUCUCCACCGACACUGUAAUCAAUAUUAUCAGCAAUAUGACCCACACCAUACGCCAGUUCUUCCCUCAGCUACCAGUUUACCCUGCACUGGGCAAUCAUGACUACUGGCCACAGGAUCAGCUUCCAGUGAAAAACAAUGACAUCUACGAGGCCGCAGCCAAACUUUGGGGUCCGUGGCUGCUCCCAGAAGCCCUGGCUACUUUACGUAAAGGUGGUUUUUAUUCUCAGUUGAUUAAGCCGGGUCUCCGUCUAGUGAGCCUGAACACAAACCUUUACUACAGUCCCAACAAGGUUACAGUGAACAUGUCCGACCCAGCGGAUCAGUUCCAGUGGCUGCAGGACACACUGGAGCUCUCCAAAACGAACAGUGAAAAAGUCUAUGUGAUUGCACAUGUCCCAGUUGGUUACCUUCCCUUUGCUAAUAACACCCCGGCCAUGAGGGAGAGCCACAAUGAUAGACUAGUGGACAUAUUCCGUAACUACAGCGACGUUAUUCACGGCCAGUUCUAUGGUCACACUCACCGAGACAGCAUAAUGGUUCUGCUGGAUCACAAUGGAAAGCCGGUUAACUCUGCCUUCGUCACACCAGCUGUUACCCCAAUCAAAAAUGUUUUAGAGCCCUAUUCCAACAACCCUGGAGUUCGCAUGUACCUGUACAAUACACAGGACUUCAGUCUACAGGACCUUUGGCAGUUCUACUUGAAUCUCACAGAGGCAAAUCAAGAAAAAAAGCCCGACUGGAGACUUGAAUACGUUAUGACUAAAGCUUUUGAUGUGAAAGAUAUUCAGCCGGAGAGCCUGUAUGAACUCUCUCUGAGGUUCGAUGCACCGCAGAGUAAAGAAUUUGAGACGUAUUUCAGUCACUAUAUGGUGAGUUACAGUGACGCUGUUACGUGUGAGAGUCUGUGUAAAACAGCACAGCUCUGCUCCAUACGCUUCCUGGACAGUGAAUCCUAUUCACAGUGUCUGCAGAAGGGAACUACAUUCAAAAGGGAACUACAAAACGGAAAUACAUUCCAGACCCCUUUUUUCCUUUAGUCUUAUAGGGCCACUCAUGUUUUAGUAGCAGGAAUACAUGCCUGAGAGACGUGGAUAAAACGGUGGAUGAUUUAUUAAAUUGUUAUUUGGGAAUGUCUUAAACUUUUACAAAGCUGUUGGAUUAUAAAUCAAUCCAAUGGCUUGUGAAGGCAGAGCUAAAUGUAAUGUGAGUGAUUAAAACUGGUGAUUAAAAAUUGGCUGUUUUACCCCAGACUCUAGUAUGAUAGACAGUGUGUUUAAUUAGAGCAAAAUUGUUUGUAGUUACACACUGUAGCAUAUAAAAUGCAAAAGGGGAGUUGUAGCCUUGCGGUUAAGAUACUGGACUAGUAAUCGAAAGGUCACUGGUUCAAGCACUACCACUGCCAGGUUGCAGUUGGGCUUUUGAGCAAGGCCCUUAACCUUCAACUGCGUAGACAAUACACUGUCAUGGUAGUGUAAGUCGCUUUAGAUAAAGGCAUCUGCUAAAUGCUGAAAAUGUCAAUGUAAAUGUCACACACACACACACACACACACAACAGUCCACCAUGAAAGUGGACAUUGUGGAUGCACAAAACACAUUAUGUGUCAAAAUUUCAGGGCAUAAAAUGCCAUUUAAGUUUUCUUUAAAGUAGCCGCUCUGUACUGGAGGUAAAAGUAAACCUCUUUAAGAUGAUUUUGUCUUAUAUGUGAUGUUAAAAGAAUAAACAACUUUGCACCUUAUCCCAUUAAAAGGCCAAGACUGAGAUCUGUACUUAAAGAACUUAAAGAACCUAAAGAACUAUAUCAAAGGGUAAACCUACAUUAUUUCUAACCCUUUUAUGUUAGGACAUUUACAUUUUCAGCAUUUAGCAGACGCUUUUAUCCAAAGCGACUUACACAAUGAGCUUAACACAAUGAGCAAUUGAGGGUUAAGGGCCUUGCUCAGGGACCCAACAGUGGCAACUUGGUGGUGGCUGGGCUUGAACCGGCAACCUUUUGUUUACUAGUCCAGUACCUUAACCACUGAGCUAUCACUGGCCCUGUCUAGGACAUGUCUAGUUCCUUAAGGUUCUAGCUGUUACUUUCUGGUUAUGUCUAAACUAUUGAAAAAGCUUGCGAGCAUAGUUUUUGUCUGUUUUUAUGGAAAAAUGUGGUUCUCCAGGUGUGUAUUCCUGUUAUGAGAUCUUGCUUGGCCCUGUAAGACUAUAGUAAAAUAAACAAGAAAUGUUUAAUUCUCAGGGAAUUAAAUUUAAAGGGAGUAUCACUGUUUUCAAACAGGAAUUUGAUUUUUAAAUAUAUUGUCUGAUGCUGGAAAUUAUCUUUGAAUCCAAUCAACUCAGUUACCUUUUCUAAAUGAGUUUCUGCAGGGACUUGAUUUGUAUUUUCAUGUUUUUACAGCUAAAAAGGGGACAUUUAUUUUUUCUAGACCAUUUAUACCUAUUUUUCUCAAAGUACAACAAAUAAAGGAAUCAAAUAAA